CUCAAAGGCAACCUCAUCGGCUCAGCGACUCAUCAGCCAGCGACAGCGUGUACAGCACAUGGACGACAGAGCGCAAAAGGCAGCUCGAGCACGGGAGCGGCUCAAGCAAUUCCAAAAGAAGCAGCUCGGCGCAGGUGUCUCCAGUGGUGGUGCUCCCGAAAACUCCGGAGCAUCUACUGUCAGUGCUCAUGCUCCAAGUAGCGCGACCUCCAGUCCUCGUCUGCCUAGCUCGCCUCUCUCUGACAACGCGCCAACCACUUUGAGCAGUCUAGGCGGUGCCUUACAGAGACCGUCCUCCUCUUCAAGCCUGCGCGAGCAUGCACCCAACGUCAACAGAUCGUCGAGUACCGGGCCACGAUCGCCUACGCCUUCACGCCAGCUCGGCGCCUCGCUGUCGCCGCCUCAGCGAAAGAGCACAAUUCCCGCGCAGCUUGACCUCGACGGCCUAGUCAGGCAUUCCAUCUCGUCAAGAGGCUCAGAACUUGCAUUAGCCCAGAGUCCCCCAUUGGUGUCGCCCGUUGGCUCGGCAACCUCUCACAGCUUACUGCCAGUCCGACCGCAAACGCCAAUUAGAUCAGCCUCUGCUCUGUUUGGCUCGCCGACGCAGCCUGUCUACGAAGAGCACGAUAUCGUCGCGCCUGUACAUAGCGGCCAGUCCGGCUUGCCGCCCGCCUCGCCUGUACAUAGUCAAGCCAUAGAACCUUCAGCGAGCGCACCACCCAGGACACCUCCGCUUGCGCAGCCGAUUGCACGACAAGCAUCAGUCGCAUCGCUGAUCAGCUCGCCUCUCGCCGCUUCGCCAUCUCGCUCUUCGCGCAAUGCCGCCUCGAGAGCGCCCAUGCACCGUCACCACGCAAGCACCAGCACAGCAGGACUCGAAGAGCGCGCAAAGUUUGAUACAGAGGUGCAGACGAUGCUCGAAAGCUCACGACAGACGCUCUCCUCGCUCGGCCAGGAGCAAUCAAGUCUACUGGCGCAGGUGUCCGAGCUCAAGGCCAAGGAAGAUGCGCUCGCCCGGCUCAACGAGCAGCAAGCGAGGACAACUGAGCAGCUAGCAGAUGCCAGAACCCGCUCUGGUGAGCUGCUGAAGGAGCUUGCUUCAGUCAGGGAAGAGCUUGCUCGAGCGAAGUCCUGGAUAGCGGACGUCGAAAGCCAGCUCACUGGCGCAGCGGAUGAGCUGCAAGCCACUGUCCUUCAGAGAGAUCAACACAUGCGCGAGCUCGCACAACUGCGUAAGACUCACGAGCUGCAUCUGGCUCGGUACGCCGAUCUGCAGCUGCAGCUCACCGGCCAUAGCGAGAACUCGAGCGAGCUAGAGCAGCAGCUUUCAUCGGAGCGGACUGCUCUGACCGCUCUGCGACAGGAUCUACGAAAAUCCGAAUCGCGUCUGCAAGAGCUGGUAGCGAGCCAGGCAAAGUCCGAUGCAGAGGGUGAUCAACAACGGAGGCAGCUGCAGGAAGUCCAAUCUCUACGCGAACAGGAAGCAGACAAGGCUCGCAAAGCUCAGUAUGCGACUGAAGAUACCCAGAAGCAACAUCGUGCUGCAUUGCAGAAAGUCCAUGAGCUUGAGCAGCAGCUGAACAUAGCCCAUGGCUCUGCUUCGGCUCGUGUCACAGAGCUCGAGACCGACCUUUCGAGCCAUCGCGAUCGACUGGCCAAGGCGCAAAGUGACCAUGCAGCAGCUGACGAACGAGCAAAGACUCUCGAAGUUCACAAAGCUCGUUUAUCGCAAGAGUACGAAGAGCAGAACACAGCGUCCCAAGAGCGUCUGAAAGCCGUAGAACAGCGAGCUACAGCGCUGCAAGCGAGCUUAGAAGAAGUAAUAAGCAAAGCCGAGGCUCAAGCGAGUGAGCUCGCUGGGCUGACACAGCAAUUGGCGCAGGCCAGCACAAGAGAUGCGGCGCAUGCAGAGCUACGGCAACGAGAGGCAACGCUGCUGCAGGACUUGGAAGCCUCUCGUACAGAGCUAGCUACAGCUCGAGCGGCGACGAGCGCGACACAGCAGUCUCUGCAGUCGCGACUCGAUACCGCCACAGCCGAGCUUGCCGAGGCCAGAGCAGAUCUAGCGCAAGCCCAAGCGCGUUCGGCAGAAAAGGAGAUUGCUCUGAACGCCGCGCUGGAGCGUAUGCAGGCUACCGAGGCAGCCGAAGCAGAGCUAGCCAAAGCGCGAACAGAGUUGCAGACCUUGCAAAGCUCUAUGAUCACGGCUACGGAAGCAGCUGCCAAGGCCAUGGCUCAACAAGACUCGACCGAGCGAGAGCUCACUAGCUUUAGGCAGCGGCUUGCAGAAAGCGAGGCUCUCGUUGCUUCGAUCGACAGCAUGCGUGUAGCGCUAGACGCGGCAGAGAACAAGCAGACUACCUCGGAGCAGACGCUAGCAGAACUUCGCGCCCAGAUGGAGGAGCAAGAAGUACAGAGUAAACAGCUAGCAAGCAGCCUGCAGGAAACGUCUGCAGCAUCGCAAGAGCGUCAGCGUGAGCUUGAGGCAGCCCGAGAGGAGAUCAAGCUUCUCAGAGAGCAGUCCUUGGCUUCUCAGGCUGCCAAGACGGCGCAAGAGUCGAAUGGCGAUGCCAGCUCGACUUCUGUCGAUCAACGUGUUGAGGAGCUCGAGCAAGAGCUUCAUCGCGAGAGCGAUCUGCGUAACCGCAUGGAGCGCCAGAACAUUGAGCUGCGUGAUCGCAUCGCAGCACUGGCAAAUCUGCUCCAGAGCACGCCUGCUGGAUCGCCGCCAGCACUGGGGCGAAGUCGAGGAUUUGCAAGUCCGUCUGCCAGCGCGGUCUCGCAGGAUCUGUCCUCAGAUUCGCCGCUAGCGCGCGUCAACGGGGGCUCGCAUCGACGUUCGGCUUCGGCCAUGCCAUCCCUGAGAGAUGCGCAGACCUCAACGCGAGAACGCCUGCUGCACGACUCUGCACUUGACCGAGCGGCGAAGAUCUCUGCCUCUACGCGACAUCAACGGCGGCAGAGCUUGACUAUGCUGCAGAGCAGACUAGAAGAUCCACGUACGGUCAAGCAUACGCACGGAGCUGCGAUGCAGCCUGUGGACGACGUCAUCUGGUGCGGCGUACAUUGUACGGGUGACCUCAUCGUCAUCUGAUGAUUGCACGCGUCUCUCUUGCUCGCGAGAUACAAUGUCAUUGAACCGGCUACGCACGCUCGUGUCGGGUCAGAAGGCUCGACUCGUGCAAGAUGGCUAUGAUCUGGAUCUGUGUCAGCUCGAGCCCAAUCUGUUCAUCAUGGGCUACCCUGCGACCGGCUCUGAAUCACUGUACCGUAAUGAUCGCACGCAAGUCAAGCGCUGGCUGCUAGAGAAGCAGCGGCCGUUCCUCGUCAUCAAUCUGUGUCCACGAUGCGAGAAUGCAUACCCUUCGGAUGCAUUCGAGCCAGGACAGGUCAGUUCAGGCUGAGUAUGCGGCAGAGGUGGUCGAUGACGUCUAUGCCAAGUAGAUCCUUCGCUGUCCGUUUCCAGAUCAUCAUCCACCGUUGCUCAGUCAAUACAAGCUCG